CCGAUCUUCCGGACCAAUCCGAAGCGCCCUCCUGUCGAUCGAAACGGGUCUGCUCGGACCUGGGCUCGUGAGGGCUGGUCGGAUCGUGCUCGAUUCAAGCAAGCCCGACCUGCGUGGGCCGGUUCGGCCAAGCACGAUCUUCACGGACCAAAUCCGACGCGCCCUCCUGUCGAUCGAAACGGGUCUGCUUGGACCUGGGCUCGUCAGGGCUGGUCGGAUCGUGCGCGACUCAAGCGAGCCCGACCUGCGUGGGCCGGUUCGGCCAAGCACGAUCUUCACGGACCAAAUCCGACGCGCCCUCCUGUCGAUCGAAACGGGUCUGCUUGGACCUGGGCUCGUCAGGGCUGGUCGGAUCGUGCGCGACUCAAGCGAGCCCGACCUGCGCGGGCCGGUUCGGUCGAGCCCGAUCUUCACGGACCAAAUCCGAAGCGCCCUCCUGUCGAUCGAAACGGGUCUGCUCGGACCUGGGCUCGUGAGGGCUGGUCGGAUCGUGCUCGAUUCAAGCAAGCCCGACCUGCGUGGGCCGGUUCGGCCAAGCACGAUCUUCACGGACCAAAUCCGACGCGCCCUCCUGUCGAUCGAAACGGGUCUGCUUGGACCUGGGCUCGUCAGGGCUGGUCGGAUCGUGCGCGACUCAAGCGAGCCCGACCUGCACGGGCCGCCCGACCUGCGCGGGCCGGUUCGGUCAAGCACGAUCUUCACGGACCAAAUCCGACGCGCCCUCCUGUCGAUCGAAACGGGUCUGCUUGGACCUGGGCUCGUCAGGGCUGGUCGGAUCGUGCGCGACUCAAGCGAGCCCGACCUGCGCGGGCCGGUUCGGUCGAGCCCGAUCUUCACGGACCAAAUCCGAAGCGCCCUCCUGUCGAUCGAAACGGGUCUGCUCGGACCUGGGCUCGUGAGGGCUGGUCGGAUCGUGCUCGAUUCAAGCAAGCCCGACCUGCGUGGGCCGGUUCGGCCAAGCACGAUCUUCACGGACCAAAUCCGACGCGCCCUCCUGUCGAUCGAAACGGGUCUGCUUGGACCUGGGCUCGUCAGGGCUGGUCGGAUCGUGCGCGACUCAAGCGAGCCCGACCUGCGUGGGCCGGUUCGGCCAAGCACGAUCUUCACGGACCAAAUCCGACGCGCCCUCCUGUCGAUCGAAACGGGUCUGCUUGGACCUGGGCUCGUCAGGGCUGGUCGGAUCGUGCGCGACUCAAGCGAGCCCGACCUGCGCGGGCCGGCCCUCCUCACGGCCAUGCAGUACGUGCCUAGCCUCAUCAACCACCUCUACACGCUGCCCCCAAGUCUGACGUCGGGCUUGUCCGAGCUCUUGAACCGUGCUUGCAAGGACACCUUUGUCAAAGCCUUUUUUGCCAAGGUAAUCCUGUCUGCACCAGCUGGAGCUGAAGGUCAUGACGUUACGCUGGAACAGCUCCUGGAGGCUCGCAUCUUCACACGGGCCAACACCGGGGGCUUUGGCCUGCACGACUUGGUUGAGCGCGGUCCGGUGGCUUAUGUCUGCAACAUGGCCAAAAUAAAUAAAUUAGGUGUUUGA